CGAUAAUACAACAUUAUUCCUGCGUGAAGGCGAGCGGAAGAUGGCGGAUGUGUUGAGUGUGUUGCGGCAGUACAACAUCCAGAAAAAGGAGAUCAUAGCUAAAGGCGACGAAGUUAUUUUUGGGGAAUUUUCUUGGCCGAAAAAUGUCAAAACGAAUUAUGUCAUCUGGGGAACAGGGAAAGAAGGUCAGCCGAAGGAGUACUACACUCUGGACUCCAUCCUUUUCCUGCUCAACAACGUGCACCUUCCUCAUCCUUCGUACGUGCGGCGAGCUGCUACAGAGAACAUUCCUGUAGUCAGGAGACCAGACAGGAAGGAUCUGUUGUCUUAUCUCAAUGGAGAAAGCUCUUCAUCGACGAGCAUUGACAGAAGCGCUCCCAUCGAGAUCGGUCUCCAGCGGCCCACGCAGGUCAAAAGGGCUGCAGACGAAGUGUCUUCUGAAGCAAAAAAGCCACGAGUUGAGGAUGAAGAACGGGUGCGUCUGGAUAAGGAGCGUCUGGCUGCUCGUCUGGAAGGCCAUAAGGAGGGCAUCGUGCAGACGGAUCAGAUCCGCUCGCUCUCCGAGGCCAUGUCCGUGGAGAAGAUCGCCGCCAUCAAAGCCAAAAUCAUGGCCAAAAAGCGUUCGACCAUCAAAACGGACCUGGACGACGAUAUCACGCUGAAGCAGAGGAGCUUCGUGGACGCCGAGGUGGAUGUGACCCGGGACAUCGUGAGCAGAGAGAGAGUGUGGAGGACCCGGACCACCAUACUACAGAGCACCGGCAAGAACUUUUCCAAAAGCAUCUUCGCCAUCUUGCAGUCGGUGAAGGCGAGAGAGGAAGGUCGUGCUCCAGAGCAGAGACCAGCGCAGAACCCGACACAGACAGAUCCGACGAUUCGAAACAAGCAGCCGGUACCGGCGGCGUACAACAGAUACGAUCAGGAGAGAUUCAAAGGGAAAGAAGAAACGGAGGGAUUCAAAAUCGACACCAUGGGAACGUACCACGGGAUGACGCUCAAAUCCGUGACGGAAGGAGCGUCAGCACGGAAGGCCCAGACUCCUGCCAUGCAGCCUGUUCCCAGACCAGUCUCUCAAGCCAGACCUCCGCCAAACCAAAAGAAAGGCUCGAGGACGCCGAUCAUCAUCAUCCCAGCUGCUACGACUUCCUUAAUCACCAUGCUCAAUGCCAAGGACCUCCUGCAGGACCUGAAGUUUGUGACGUCUGAUGAUAAGAAGAAGCAGGGCAUCCAGCGGGACAACGAGGUGCUGCUGCAGAGGCGUAAAGAACAGCUUCAGCCCGGAGGGUCCAGCCUCAGCGUCACUGUUCCCUACAGAGUGAUCGACCAGCCGCUCAAACUGGCACCUCAGGACUGGGAUCGUGUGGUGGCCGUGUUCGUCCAGGGUCCUGCCUGGCAGUUUAAGGGCUGGCCGUGGCUUCUGCCAGACGGAUCUCCUGUGGACAUUUUUGCAAAAAUCCGAGCGUUCCAUCUGAAGUAUGAUGAAGCACGCAUGGACCCCAACGUGCAGAAAUGGGAUGUGACUGUGCUGGAGCUGAGCCACCAUAAACGCCACCUGGACCGGCCAGUCUUCCUGCGCUUCUGGGAGACACUGGACAGGUACAUGGUGAAGCACAAGUCACAUCUGCGCUUCUGAAUCUGUUUUAUAUUCAUCUACAUGCUCAACAUGUGUGGAUUCAUCUUGAUGCAGCCAGCAGCACUUUGUCAGGCAUUCAACAGCAGAUGUGUGUGAGAGAGAGAGAGAAAGAAGAAAAAAAGAUCUCACGAGAAAUUGAGAUCAUUUAGAACUUGUAUUCUGUUUCUAUUAUUUUUCAUUUCUUUUGGGGUUUUCUUCUUUUUUUUUUUCUUUUUUUUUUUUUUGUAGUAGUAUUCUGGUGUAAAAUGGUUAAAAGUGGAAAAUGUCCCUUACUGAGGUUAAUAAAUGAACUGCCAUUUGUAAAAGC